AUGGUGGGCUCUGGGAUCCCCGCUUUGGGCCUCUUCCUGCUGAUGCAGAGCUCCGCAGAGGCGAAUGGAAUCCAGGGAUUCUUCUAUCCGUGGAGCUGUGAGGGAGAUGUUUGGGACCGAGAGAACUGUGGGGGUCAGGCUGCCAUUGAGAACCCCAACCUGUGCCUGCGUCUCCGAUGCUGCUACCGAGACGGAGUCUGCUACCACCAGCGACCAGAUGAGAACAUGAGACGGAAGCACAUGUGGGCGCUGGGCUGGACGUGUGGAGGCCUCCUCUUCCUCAUCUGCGCCAUCUGCGUAAUCUGGUGGGCCAAGCGCCGGAACCUCCUGCACCUCCCUAAGUUCCUGCAGGGCAGAUACGACAUUUCCAAGACGGUCUCUCUGCUGUCCAAGGACCGAGUUUCCAGCGACAAAAAGAUGUCAGAGUCACCCACAGACGCUGAAGGGGAAGGGACGGAAGGGGCUGAUGAAGGGGACGAUGAUUAG